ACAGGUAGUUGCUUAUUCUGGGGGAUGGCCUCCUGCCCUUAAAGAAGUUGGGAAUUUUUUGCAUGGAAAGGAAUUACAUAAGUGGAAGGAUGUGUUGAGGAGAUACCAAACAUUUGACCUUCCAUCUCCAGAAAUACUAGAAGAUCUAGAAAUGAGUUUUAAUGAUUUGAGUGAUGAAGAGAAACAUAUAUUCCUUGAUAUAGCAUAUUUCUGCAUUGGGAUGAACCAAAAUGAUGUACUCCAAACAUUGAAUAGGUCAACACAAUGUGCAGCUCUUCAAAUAAAUCUCCUCGAAGACAAGAGCUUUUUAACUAUUGAUAAGAAAAACAACCUUGAAAUGCAAGUCGUGCUACAAGCCAUGGCAAAAGAUAUUAUUAAGAGUGAAACAAGUCAAAUGCAUCGUCAGCCAAAGAUGUACGACGUCUUCUUGAGUUUCCGAGGGGAAGAUAGUCGUGCGAAAUUCAUUUCACAUCUGCAUUCCUCUCUUGAAAAUGCAGGGAUUCAUGUUUUCAAAGACGAUUUCAAGAUUCAACGAGGAGAUCAGAUAUCAAUCUCACUGUUUCGAGCAAUUGGACAGUCUAGAAUUUGUAUCGUUGUUUUGUCUAAAAAUUAUGCUAAUUCUAGAUGGUGUAUGCUUGAGUUGGAGAACAUCAUGGAAAUUGGUAGAAACAGGGGUCUGGUCGUUGUACCAGUGUUCUAUGAGGUGGAUCCCUCAGAAGUACGUCAUCAAAAAGGUCAUUUUGGGAAAGGUUUUGAUGAUCUUAUAUCAAAAACCUCAGUUGAUGAAUCAACAAAGAGUAAUUGGAGAAGAGAGCUCUUUGAUAUUUGUGGCAUAUCAGGGUUUGUCCUCAUAAAUUCAAGGAAUGAAAGUGCUGAUGUCAACAGUAUUGUUAGUCAUGUUACUCGUUUGCUAGAUAGGACACAGUUAUUUGUUGCCGAACAUCCAGUGGGAGUAGAAUCUCGUGUGCAAGCUGCAACCAAGCUAUUAAAGAUCCAAAAGUCAGAAGAUGUUUUACUUUUAGGGAUAUGGGGAAUGGGCAAAACAACCAUAGCCAAAUCCAUUUAUAAUGAAAUUGGUAGCAAGUUUGACGGAAAGAGCUUCCUUCUGAAUAUAAGGGAAUUUUGGGAGACAGGUACUAAUCAAGUUUCACUACAGCAACAAGUACUUUGUGAUGUUUACAAAACAACUUCAUUCAAGAUACGUGACAUUGAAUCAGGGAAAAAUACAUUAAAGGAAAGACUCUCCGAUAAUAGAGUGCUUUUAGUGCUUGAUGAUGUAAAUGAACUGGACCAAAUAAAGGCAUUGUGUGGAAGCCGCAAAUGGUUUGGUCCCGGGAGCAGAAUAAUCAUCACAACAAGAGAUAUGCGUCUUCUUAGAUCGUGCAGAGUUGAUCAAGUGUAUGAAAUAAAAGAAAUGGAUGAAAUUGAAUCUCUUGAGCUAUUCAGUUGGCAUGCAUUCAAGCAACCAAGUCCAAUAGAAGAUUUUGCUACACAUUUGACAGACAUGGUUGCUUAUUCUGGAAGAUUUCCACUAGCACUUGAAGUCCUUGGCUCCUAUUUGUCUGGCUGUAAAAUAACAGAGUGGCAGAAAGUGUUGGAGAAACUCAAAUGUAUUCCCCAUGAUGAAGUACAAAAGAAGCUGAAAGUAAGCUUCGAUGGUUUAAAAGAUGUUACAGACAAACAAAUAUUCCUUGAUAUAGCUUGUUUCUUUAUUGGGAUGGACAAAAAUGAUGCAAUACAAAUAUUAAAUGGGUGUAGAUUUUUUGCUGAUAUUGGAAUUAAAGUCCUUGUAGAGCGAAGCCUUGUAACUGUUGACAAUAGGAACAAGCUUAGAAUGCAUGAUUUGUUGAGAGACAUGGGAAGACAAAUAAUUUAUGAGGAAUCGCCAUUUGAUCCGGAGAACCGCAGUAGGUUGUGGCGCCGUGAGGAUGCGCUUGAUGUAUUAUCAAAGCAUAAGGGAACAAAUGCUGUCAAGGGACUGGUUUUGGAAUUUCCUAUAAAAAAUAAAGUUUGUCUGAAUACCAAAGCAUUUAAGAAGAUGAAUAAACUCAGAUUGCUUCGACUUGGUGGGGUGAAGCUUAAUGGAGAUUUUAAAUACCUUUCAGAAGAACUUAGGUGGCUUUGCUGGCAUGGAUUUCCAUCAACUUACACUCCUGCAGAAUUUCAACAGGGAAGUCUAGUUGUCGUCGAAUUAAAAUAUAGCAAUCUCAAACAGAUAUGGAAGAAGUGCAAGAUGCUAGAGAAUCUAAAAAUUCUUAAUCUCAGUCAUUCUUUGAAUUUGACUGAAACCCCAGACUUUUCAUAUAUGCCUAAUCUUGAAAAGAUAGUACUCAAAGGCUGUCCAAGUUUGUCUACAGUCUCCCAUAGCAUUGGAUCUCUACAUAAACUUCUUCUAAUAAAUUUGACAGACUGCACAGGUCUUCGAAAACUUCCGAAAAGCAUCUAUAAAUUAAAAUCUCUAGAAACUUUGAUUCUUUCGGGAUGUUCCAAGAUUAACAAAUUGGAGGAGGACUUGGAACAGAUGGAAUCGUUGAAAACCUUGAUUGCGGAUAAGACUGCUAUAACAAAAGUGCCCUUUUCAAUAGUUAGAUUGAAAAGCAUUGGAUAUAUUUCUUUUCGUGGCUUUGAAGGAUUUUCACGUGAUGUAUUCCCUUCUCUCAUUCGGUCUUGGCUGUCACCAUCAAAUAAUGUGAUAUCCUUAGUUCAAACAUCUGAGUCCAUGUCAUCUCUUGGUACUUUCAAGGACCUUACAAAGCUUCGAAGUCUUUGUGUGGAGUGUGGCUCAGAACUACAACUAACUAAAGAUGUAGCAAGAAUUUUAGAUGUACUAAAAGCUACAAAUUGUCAUAAAUUGGAAGAAAGUGCCACUUCAUCACAGAUUUCUGAUAUGUAUGCUUCUUCUUCUAUUGAUGAUUGCCUUGGUCAAGUUUGCAUUUCAGGGCCAAGGAAUUACUUGAAAUCUCUCUUAAUUCAAAUGGGAACUAAAUGUCAAGUCCCCAAUAUCGCCGAAGACAACCUUUUACAGACUACAAAUGAGAUUUGGGAUACAUUUUUGCUCUAUAAUUCUGAGUGGUCAACCUUUAGUUGCCAUGGAUGCUCCAUAAGAUUUGAUAUCCCAACAAUGAAGGGGCGUAACUUGAAGAGUAUGAUGUUGUCCGUCGUCUAUUACUCUACUCCGGAGAACAUAACAGCAGAAGGUUGCCAUGGUGUGUUAAUCAUUAAUCACACAAAGACAACCAUUCAGGCCUAUAAAAGAGAUACACCAACUUCCUUUAAGGAUGAUGAUUGGAAGAACAUAACAUCAAAUCUAGAACCUGGUAACAAAGUGGAGGUUAUGAUUGUUUUUGGGGAGGGAUUCAUUGUAGAGAAGACAACAAUAUCUCUCUUAUAUGCUGAACCAAUUGACAAAGAAAUUGAACAUUGCAAUGCAAGAGAUGAUAAUGUUACCACUUCUUGUCGAGAUCAAAAUGUGAGUGAUAAUAGAGUAUAUUUAUUUACUUUUUCCUUAUAUAAAAUCUUUCUUAAUGCUAUGAGGCAAGCUGGAUUUAACAACUGAAGCUAUUUGACAAAUUGAAUUGCUCCAACUCCUAUAAGCCGGAUUUAAGUGAAGCCCAUUUGAAUAUACAAUAAUAUAUAUUUUCCAGCCCUUUUUUGGGUUCAUGA